ACUGAACGUGGGUGGGGGGUGGUGGAAUGGUCUCGAGAAAAGCCUUAUGGCGCAAAUAUUCGGAAACGGAAUAUAGCAAAAGUUAAAGUACAUUUGUAUAGUUUACUGAUUAGAGAAAGUAUAAACGUUGGGAGUUGCAGUAGCAGGGAAAACUAGUCCACGUGGAUAUAGUCAACGCUAAAUAAAUUCUAACUCUGUCGAGAUGUCCUCGCAGCCGCUUACGGUGGUCACAGAUUCCGGCGAACGAGCUCCGCUUCUUCUUUCCAAUUCUUCGCCUGAAUUAAUAUUAUCGCACUCGCACGCCACAGAUGGAGAAAUAGUCUCCGAGCCGGCCGGAUCAAAACCUACUCCCAAACAACGUUUGCUCUCUCUCGAUGUCUUUAGAGGCCUUACCGUCGCUUUGAUGAUUUUGGUUGAUGAUGUUGGAAAGGCUUUCCCAUCCAUAAACCACUCCCCGUGGUUUGGAGUGACCCUUGCCGACUUUGUGAUGCCCUUUUUCCUCUUUAUUGUUGGUGUUUCUGCAAGUCUAGUAUUCAAGAAAGUUUCCAGCAAACCACAAGCUACAAAGAAAGUCUUACUGAGGACAGUUAAGCUCUUUAUUUUGGGAGUGUUCCUUCAAGGUGGGUAUUUCCAUGGGCGCGACAACCUGAGUUAUGGAGUUGAUAUUGCUAGAAUUAGAUGGAUGGGAGUGUUACAGAGAAUUUCUAUUGGUUAUCUAUUUGCUUCAAUUCUGGAAAUUUGGCUUGCCAAUGAUUAUCCUGUUGAUUCAGCAAAGGCAUUCGUCAGGAGAUACUUCUUUCAAGCGGUGGCUGGAACCUUAAUUGGUUUAUCUUACCUUAUUUUGCUGUAUGGCCUCUAUGUUCCAGAUUGGUUCUUUGAAAUAUCAAGUCUUAACAUGGAAUCACCAGUUUCAGGAUAUGAAUUGAGUACUCAAACUGUAAGAAUCUUUCUGAACUGCUCCAAGAUUUUACUGUUCUCUGGUAUAAUCUUCUGGUGGCUAUUAAACACCAUUCUUUUUGUGCACCAGACAUCUGUUAAAUGCAAAGCAGCUUAUUGGCAGGAGAUUAUUCCUGGACCUGGUGAUAAUAUAAUGAUUGUUGUAAACUACAAGAAUGAAGAGAAGCAGUUUGGUGCUGAAGAAAUCUGUUCUACGGUGCUAACAAAGAUAAAGAAUUUGCUAAGGCCUGCAUUGGCUCAAUUGUCAUGA